AUGACGAAAAUUACAACUAAUGAGUUUAGUGGCCCUGCGUUCCGGCCACAGCAGUUUAUUUCGCGUGAAAGAGCCGAAAAUCGGCUCAAGACCGACGAAAUUAACGUUUUUCUCGAAAAUGAUCCUCGCAAUGCCAAGUUGGUGCAAGAUAUCACUACUGAGGUGUCAACUGACCCCGUUUUGAAAACCGGUACGGAUUUUUACGACAUGUCAAAGGCACAGCACCGGGAAGUGACCGCGCGCAAAAUUGCAAGAAUGGCACUUUAUAUGGAACAAGAUGUCAAAAUGGCCAUGCAAGAAUACCGCACGGAUAUCGUUAAGGAACUGCAAACCAACGACGAAACGCCCACGUUGACGAGCAAAGAUUUGUCCGUUUUUGACAAGCGCUUGUCCAUCAUCUCCAAUCAGGACCCACAACUUGGAACCAGAAUAGGUGUUCAUUUGGGUUUGUUUGGCAAUUGUAUUCGGGGUAAUGGAACCAAUGAGCAAAUUCGAUACUGGUUGCAACAAAGAGGUACACUUUUCAUCAAGGGUAUUUACGGUUGUUUCGCAAUGACAGAAAUGGGACAUGGUUCCAAUGUGGCACAAUUGCAGACAAGAGCUGUAUACGACAAAAAAACUGAUACUUUUGUCAUUAAUACCCCGAAUCUACCCGCUACGAAAUGGUGGAUUGGUGGUGCCGCACACUCCGCUACUCAUGCGACCGUUUACGCAAGAUUGAUUGUCGAAGGGAAAGAUUACGGUGUGAAGACUUUUGUAGUACCCCUCAGGGACCCAGAAACUUUCCAAUUACUCCCAGGUAUUUUCAUUGGAGAUAUUGGGGCUAAGAUGGGUCGCGAUGGAAUUGACAAUGGCUGGAUUCAGUUCAAAAACGUCGUGAUCCCCAGAGAAUUUAUGCUCAGCAGAUUUACUAAGGUUAUUCCCUCUGAGGACGGGGUCCGUGUCGCCACAGAACCGGCUUUAGAUCAAAUUUCUGGUUAUAGUGCUCUGCUCAGUGGCCGUGUGAACAUGGUAAUGGACUCUUACCGUUUUGGAGCCAAAUUUGUGACUAUUGCUACACGUUACUCCGUAGGUAGACAACAGUUUGCUUCCAAAUCGGGUGAAGAUAGUGGCUUUACCGAGGAAACUCAAUUGAUGAAUUAUCCUCUGCACCAAUACCGUGUCUUGCCCCAUUUGGCUAUCGUGUACUUGAUUGCACCAGCGGCAUACAACGUGAUGAACACGUAUCAUAACACAUUGGAUCAAUUGUACAAGGUAUCUUCUGGUGGUAGCAAGAAACAGUUGAAACCCGUGAGCGACAAGCUAAAAGACCUUUUCAUCGAUAGCGCAACUUUGAAGGCCACCAACACCUGGUUGGUAGCCACCUUGAUUGAUGAGUUACGGCAAGCCUGUGGCGGCCAUGGGUAUUCGGCUUAUAACGCUUUUGGGAAAGGUUACAACGACUGGGUCGUGCAAUGUACUUGGGAAGGAGACAACACGAUUUUGUCGCUAACGUCUGCUAGAAGUAUCUUGAAGAAAUUCGCAGAUUUGUCAAAGGGCAUUUCUCAAACUGGACCCUCAUUCAGCUAUAUGUCGAUGCAAUUCGUGCUAGGAGUGAUUAAAAACUCAAAAGCUGCCAAACUCGACACAUUGGCGGAUUACUCCGAGGUUUGGGGCAUUAUGUUAGUCAAGAUUUUACACCAUUGCGUUACAGUCAUGGGCAAGACGAAAGACUCAGAUUCUAUUGCCAAAUACUUGGUUUUGAUUUCCAAAUUCCAUGCGUUCCAUACCAUGUUACAAGCAUACAGCACCAAAUUGUCUAAACCCAAGACAUCGUUCGUUACCGACGAAACGACGAAUGAAGUAUUAUGGAAGCUUUACCAGCUGUUCUCUCUGUAUUUCAUUGACAAACACUCGGGCGAAUUUUUGCAAUUCAAAGUUUUCUCACCGGACCAAAUCUCGCAACUAGUCCAGCCUCAACUGUUCAAGCUAUUACCUGAAGUCCGCCAAUAUUGCAUCUCUUUAACGGACGCAUUCAAGAUCCCGGACGCCAUGCUCAACGCCCCUAUUGGCUAUUACGAUGGUGACAUUUACAACAACUAUUUUGACGAAGUCGUCAAGAACAACCCUCCGGAACCCAAUGGACCGGGUAAACCCAGCUACCAUGAACUCUUGACCACCAUGCUUACAAGAGGCUUUGAAUCGGACGGCAGGGUUGUGGGCAGCCAGAACCCUCAGAUCCUAUCAAAGCUCGGUAAAUGA